GCUCGACGGGGCCAGAACUCACAGCGACGUUGGAGUGUUGAUGUGUCGUGCGUGACAGUGAUGUUGGAUAUGCCCGUGACAGUCAUGGCGAAGAACUACUCACACUGCCCUCUGAAGAAGAGGCCCGUGCACAUCCUGGAGGAACUACCAGACGAACCCCAGAACCUCAGCACCAAGCCCGAGGACCUUAGCCGCAGCGGCCGCUUGACGUCCGUAUCGCCGUCGUCCCUCUCGCCUGUGUCCCCACACUCGUCGGAGAAGACGUCGCCGCCUCCAUCUCCACCCGUCCUCUCCCCCUCGCCCCAGUUCUACCCCAAGGUGUACCCACCCCCAAUCAGUCCCGAGUACGCACCCCAAACCUGGCACCGCAGCGUAGCCCCCUUGUACCCUCCCGUCUACCCCUUCGUGGAGUACAUGGGUCCCGCAUCCCCCUACAGCGACAGCUCCCUGUCGCCGCCGCACCACCACCCGCCGCCCAUUCAGCCGCUAGCCUUGCGGCCCGUGUACCCCGCCGACCCGUCGCUCAGCCCCACUUGGACGGCGUCGCCACCACACUCCGCCGCCCCCGAGGACCUAUCCGAGAAGCGCCGGCCCGGCGUGCGCCACCAGUGCCCCGACUGCGGCAAAAGCUACUCCACCUUCUCGGGUCUGUCUAAACACCGCCAGUUCCACUGCGCCGCCGGCGAAGGCCCUAAGAAGUCCUUCAGCUGCAAGUUCUGCGAGAAGGUGUACGUGUCCCUGGGAGCGCUCAAGAUGCACAUCCGCACGCACACGCUGCCCUGCAAGUGUACUAUCUGCGGGAAGGCCUUCUCGAGACCGUGGCUGCUGCAAGGCCACAUCAGGACCCACACCGGGGAGAAGCCGUUCUCGUGCACGUACUGCAACCGCGCCUUCGCCGAUAGGUCGAACUUGAGGGCGCACCUGCAGACGCAUUCGGACGUCAAGAAGUACUCGUGCCCCACGUGCAGCAAGACCUUCUCGAGGAUGUCGCUGCUAACGAAGCACGCGGAAGGCGGGUGCGGGGGAGGGGUGCACGCGGAGAAGGUGUACUAGUGCUUCCGCAUGUCAGCGUUGUUGUUUGUUCCUUUUUGACAGUAUUUGCUUGUUUUGGGGGAAACAGUGCCUUGGAGAAGACUGACACGACGGAAUCAUGUACAAAAAUUACUACCACCUGUAUAUAGUAGGUUAAGAGAUUUUAAUAUAUUUUUGUAAAUACACGAGCGGCGACAGCAGCCGGGUUCGUACGUCUAGUCAAUACGUUAUUUUUAUGCCAUUGUAUAGUGCCUUAUUUAGUCUUAUUGAGCGUAUAUGCAGAUUUUAUACUAUUAUUUAAUAAAAGAGUCAAACCAGAAA